AACACGUGAUCAGAUCGUGGAUGACGCUGCUUCCAUUCUCUUCUCAUUCAUCUGGUCAGUUCCGGCUUUCGCCCCUGGCCCUGUUUCUCUUGGUCCUGGCUAGUACGUACAUGUACCUGGCCAAGUCACCAGACGACCGCGGUACGGGAUCGCCCAAGGUAUCAUUCGAAACCUUAGCUGCAUAUGCAAGGACGCCCAGUGUAUUUGCCUAUCGGCCAAAUCACUCCAGCGUUCCGGGCGAGCCUUCGGAACAAUCGCCACAUUGAUCCG